CUCGCUGCAACAGAAUACAUUAGCGAAAAAUUAACUCACCAUAAGACUGCAUUUAUUUGUUAAUCGGACUUUGGUGUUUUUAACCCCUUAAAAUGAAUGAGGGAAUUGUUACCCUACCCUAGAUCCACAGUCGCUGGGCAGGUGGCUCCGCUGGUGCAGAGCUUCGUUUCGGGGCACUUGGGUCGCAGGAAUGGCCAUGGCUAUUUCCUGAACUAUGGUUUUAAGUUGACCAGCCGACCACCCUGACGCUUCCGGAAUCCCAAUGCCACCGUCAAGCCUUUGAUCCAAAUGCCGUUGCAGGCCGCCAAUGUCCAGGAGCAGCAGUCUCCUCCGGUGGCUUCAUAUCCGACACCGGCCACUCCGGUGGCUGUUCAGCAGCCAUCGACUCCUGUCCCCGUUCAAGUGCCGAACUCGUCCGUCCAACAGCAAAAUCCGGAUGCGGACGCCAUCGCCUCGAAGCUGGCCUUGCCAGUUAUCAUCAAGGAGGAGCCGAUCUCUGUCGACGAUGAACCGUCCGUCGACAUUAUAGAGGACAAUACCAGUGCCAGCGGCAUCGGGGGCAAGAUCCCAUUUAAAAAGAUCUUCCAAAAGCGGAAGAAGUCGUCUGAACGCACUCGGGACAAGAAGCUGCGACGGAAUCGCCAGCUGCGCAAGUCCAUGCUCCCCAAAAACGCUCUGAUGGCCCUCAACGAGGUUAAGGGCGUGACCAUCAGCGAUUUCACCAUCGACAUCAAUACCGACGGGGGAUUCACGGCCGUUGUCACUGUGAACUCGACUCAGUACGUGGGCAAGGGUACCUCAAAGAUGACAGCCAAGAACGCGGCCUGCGAGAAGGCUUGGCGCGAUUUUAUAAUUGCGAAGAUGACGCCUAAGCCUCCCCGUAUUCACCAGGUGGAGAUAGGUGCGGAGCCAAUAGACACUAACGAGGAUGAGGCCGAUGCACCGGAUGAUGAUCUGCCCAUGUUGAAUCUGGCUUCGUUUGCCAUCUACAAGCUGUUCACGGAGUGGGAGCGCGAGGGCUAUGUCGUACCCGAGAUGCACCCUUCGGCCAAUGCUGCCCAGCAGGCCGGAGGGGAUGCCGGAACUCCAGUUCCCGCCGCGCCGAAGGAACCAAAGAAGCCACCAGUGCGUACGGAGCUACCCUCUGGCUGGGAGACCAUGCAACCGGCGACCAUUCUUUGCAUUAUGCGCCCGGGACUCAGCUACUCGGACUACGGGUCAUCUGGCGACAAUACCACCGGCAUGCAGCAUCUGGGAAUCACGGUGGACAACCAGGAAUUCCACGCCCACGGCAGAUCCAAGAAGAUCGCCCGUCUCAACGUGGCCGUGAAAGUGUGCAACUCUCUGUUCGGCACAAACUUCGCCUACGGCGACACCGCUUAAGACACCAACUCCAACCGCAGACUCCAACUGCCGACAGCAACACACCUCGCCAACACGCCUCUCUUAAUUAUAAUGUAUACAAUUGUA